GUCAGUCGAGCGAUUCGGAUGAAUCGUGCGCGUGAAGAACCACGGACAGGAUCGAGCGAGAUUUAGUUUGCAGGAAAAGAGGAAAAACAAUAGUGUCGCGAGCAAGGAAAACGCGAAACGUGAGAGUGUGCGUGUGUGAGUGCAUGUGGUUUUUUUUAGUUGUAGCGAACCACAAGGCUGCGAAAAAAAAAAACGGAGCAAAGAAACGGAAGACAACGGAGAGACACACCGGACCGUGUGUGCGCCAUCUGGUCUCCAGCAGAGUGCAAUGGUACUGGCGCUGGCGGAUGGAAUGUAAACGCGUUCCGAAAGCGAAGACAGAAACGCACACAAACACACACCGAACGAAACUACGUUGGGAAGCGGGUAGCGGACCCGAAAAUAUGAACUGCUGGCUGGCAUCGUCGUCCCGGUCGUCGCCGUCAGUUCCUCUUCUGCCCGGCAACAAUCAGCCAAAUGCGGCGAACCUUCUUGCGUCGCCUAUCAGCUGCCCAGCACCAGCGAAACAACGCAGCAGCCGUAGAAGCAUUAGCAGCAGCAGUAGCACCACGACCAGCACAAACAGCGGCCGCAGCAGCAGCAAAGGCUGCAGCAGUUGCAGUUGCAGUGCCGGUACACGCGAAGAAGUGUGGUGAAAAGUGAGUGACAAAAAUAAAUAGAGGAAAGCGUGUGUCUGUGUGAGAAAGAGAGAGAGAGAGAGAGAGAGAGAGAGGAAAGAAGAAGAAGAAGGAGGCAGGCAGAAGAAAGUGAGUGAAACAAACGCGAAUAGCACAACACGCCGGGGGCCCCACCGAGUGUGCAUCCUUGAGUGCGCUCAAAGUAGGUCUUUCUCUGUGUGUGCGACAGUGUGUGUGUGUGUGUGUGUGUGUGUGUAUGCAGAGUUGCAUCCCUAGAGUGAAGAAGAGUAAGAAGCAGAAGAAGGCAGCAGCAGCAGCUGCAGCUCUCACGCACGUUUAUUAAUCGGCAAUUCGUCCGCGCGUGGUAGUGUGGUGACAGAAGAAGAAAAAAAAUCCGAUACAAAGAGAAAGAGUGUUUGGGAGCGUAUCGAGUGCAGUGUGUGAGGGCGUUGCGUGAGGGCCAAACCACACGUUGGGUAGGUGUAAGUGUAUGUGUAGACAUCGCGACAAUCGCGGCAAACCUGGCUUCGACGGCGCGACGACGAGCAGCAGCAGCAGCAACAUUGGCCACCCUUAAGACGGCAUCACACCAAAGCGACCAACAUGUUCACAGUAGGCGGCGGCGCAGCAGAGCACCACAAUGGCUGCGACAGGCGAACAACAAGUAGAAGCAGCAGCAGCCUCCGACAUUACCGAUGGACGGCACGUGUCCUGGGGCUGGCGGUGCUCGUCCUGUUUCAGUUCGACUCGCAGGUGCACUUUCACACGGUGGCAGCCACGCCGGAGGACAGAUCGGCUUCUGGCGCCACCUCAUCCACCGCCCAGUCGACGGCGGCCGCUCAGUCCGGCUCGUCGGCAUCCUCCCCCUCCUCCACCCUGAUCGACGGCAUCAUGCUGGACGAGGACGGGGCGCUGCUCGGGGCGUCCCCGCAGCAAACGCUCAGCGAGGAGGCGACCAUCCAUCUGUUCUUUCACCCGCCCCAGCUCAACUUUGCCGAGCGGUCGAUCGGCGACCCGCACAACCAGCCGGUGGUGCUGCUGAACCGGCACAAAAACCGCAGCGUCUAUCUGGGCUCCAUCUCGGGCAGUGCGGCCGAGUUUUCCAGCUCGUACUUCAAGGAAAAGAUGAUCCCGCCUGGUGGCAACACCACGUUCAGCGUGGUGUUUCUGCCCCGCAAGCUCGGCCCGGCCGACGGUUCGCUGCUCGUGCACACCUCCUUCGGCAUGCUGCGGUACGCGGUUCGGGGCGAGGGCGCCGAAUGUCCGUACCGGUUGCGGCCGCUCGUCGGGCUGCAGGCGCCGCUCAAUGCGACGCUCUCGCCGGAGAUCACGCUGUACAACCCGCACGACACGCCGCUCCAGAUAGUGGAGGUGUACAGCAGCGGGGGGAACUUUCAGCUCGAGCUGCCGAGCGGCGGCCAGGAGGGCCCGCAGCAGCUGUGGGAGGUGCCGGCGCACAGUACGCGCACGGUGAUACGGGUGCGGUUUCAUGCGCGCACGCCCGGCCACCACAUCGCGUACGUGCGCAUCAAGAUCUCAGGCGGGCCGGCCAAUCCGGCCCUCGUCGACAAGAUGCUGGUGGUGCCGAUCGAGGUGGAGAUCGCGAAGGAGACGGGGCUGUACUCGCGCAUACCGUUCCUGGAGCUGGGGGUCACCUCGUCCAUGUCGGAGGCGGCGGGAACGAGCCAGGGCCCAGGAGCGGCCGCAACAGCAUCUUCAAGAAGGUCGACAGCCGCUUCAGCACUGGCAGCCCCGGUGGAGGACAGCGAGUAUGGGCUGAGCGUGCGGAGCGGGCGCAAUGUGACGCGGCUCAGCGUGGAUUUGCACAACUCGGGCAGCCAGCUAGUGCGCGUGAAGAGCUGGGGCGUACAGGCGGACGAUAUCGAGUCGGUGCUGUGCAUGCACGUGCUCGUGCUGGACGGCCCCACGCUGCACGUCGAGUUCGAUUGGUCCAAGCUGACAAGCGAUCGGCGCCACAUCAGCGGACGGAUACUGCUCAAUCUGGAACGGAUCCUGUCCGCAUCUGACGGAGGAGAACAGGGGACUGGCGAUGAAGAGGACGGCGCGGAAGAGGAUGGCGAGCAGCAGCCACAGCAGGAAGAGGAACAGGACACGACAGGAGCUGCUGCUGCCGCCGGUCGACGGAACGAGGACGAAACGAUCGCUAUCCGAGCGACAACGUACGAUGCAGCGGGCUCGGAGGAAGGCGGCGGGACGGACGCAAACGGCCGGCCGUCGAAGGUGGUGACCAGCAUCUACUCGAUACCGUUCGCGGGCGAGGUGCUGAAGGGCAGCAUCCAGUACAACGAGGAAGUGUUGCGGUUUCUGCUGCCGGCGACCCCGGACGGAAAGCUGGCCCGGCAGGACGAGGAAGAGGAGCGCUCGAGUGGAGGCCGCCCACUGGUCAUCCGGAACCACUUCAACGUGCCAUUGUCCAUCACGAACGUGAGCGUACCGGAGGACUGCCGGCGGUACUUUGCGAUCGAGGGCUUCCGGCCGGUUGUGCUGCGACCGAACGACGAGCGAACGCUGCUGCGCAUCUCCCGCAAGGCGGACGAUGGGGUGCAGUGGAGCCCCGAGCCCUUCACCAUUUCCACCUCGCUAAGGCUCGCGACGAACAUCAGCGAUUACGAGCUGCCGGUGCUCGGGUACAGUGGACGGUUGGAGCGGUUACUGUCGGCGACGGUGCGCGAUGCGUCACUGCUCACACCAACCGGGCUGGUGCGACCUCCAUCGCUGGACAAAGGGACGGGCCAGCAGCAGCAGCAGCAGCAACAGCAACAAGAACUUGACUUUGGCGUGCUGCCCAUUGCAACGAUCGGGGAAGCGUUGGUCGCGUUCCGCAAUCCCAACCCCGUCCCGAUACCGAUCAUCCACUGGAAGGGCGCGAUCACGUCCGAUGCGGCGGUCGGGGCGCCCACCAUCACGGUCAUACUGCGGGGCUGUGGGCCGCUGCGACUCGACGGGCUCGUGUUCUGCCACACGGUGCAGCCGGGCGAGUGGAUCGUCUACCAGAUCAGCGUGCAGAGCGGCACCAUCGACAGCUACCAGGGCCGGUUCACGGUCAAGACGGACUACGAGGAGAUCGUGACGCCGCUCCGGUUCACCACGGCCGUCGGCGAGCUGCACCUGAUGCGUGAGCGGUUGCGCUUUGAGGAUUGUUUUCCGGGGAAGCUGUGCUCGCUGUCGCUGCUCGCCGCCUCUAGCUUCCCGACCAAGAUCCAGAUCGAAAGCAUCCGCACGGACGUGCCCGGGCUGAGCUACGAGUUCCUGUCGCCGGACAAGCAGCGGCCGCUCGCCCCGAACCAACCGGUCACGCUCCAUCCCGACACGGUCACAAGCAUCGGACGGAUGACACUCGACCCGAAAGCUCACUGCGCACCGACGGCCGACUGUUACAGCAGCUUCGAUCUGCUCUCGAAACCGUUCGGCGUCAAGUGGAUGGCCACGCUCGACUGCUACGAGCAGUACCGGCGGCUGGACAGCGACAAGCUGCUGCAGCAGCUGCAGCGGUACGCCGAGAUGCGCCAGCGGCUCACCAGCGUCCACUUUCAGGUGCUGGCCGAGUCGAGCCGGCGGUUCGAUUUCAACGCGAGCGUCGAUCUGGUGUGGCCCAAGCUGCUGGACGAGAAUGUGUUCUUUCCGACGCUGCAGGUGGAGCAGGAGGCGGUGCGGCUCAUCACGAUCAACAACCCGUCGGACCAGAUACUGUUCGUGCAUCUGGUGCUGCACGACGUCGCCAUCCACGGCCGCCAGCCGAUAGUGGACGGUGGAGGAGGAGGAACGGGCGGUGGCGGAAUCAAUUUGCCGCCCGAGGUGCUAACCGCCUGCGACAACUGCACGCUCAGCGAGGAGAGCGUGUUCUCCUUCUUCCUGUUCGACAGCGACGACAUCUACGUGAACUACGUGAAGCCGCAGUCGUUUUUGCGUAUCGCGGUCAAGUUUAGUGCCCAGCAGCCCGGCACCUACUCGACCGUGCUGUACAUGCGCAACAAUCUGACGCUAAUUGACGCCGCCUGGAUACAGGCGCGCGCGGUCGUGCCGCUGUUCAAGUUUGGUAACCGGCGGCCCGGCUCGCCCACCGCCCUGCAGUUCGAGAUUACCGAGAAGCAUGUGCGACCGUGCUACGACCAAUGGUACCGGAAGCUGCGGUCCGAGGGCGGUGGUGGUGGCACUAGCAGCAGCGGCAACAGCGGCGCCUACAAGCAGUACAAGGUGGACGCGAACGGGCAACAGCAGCAGACGGCGAAGGAGGAAGAGGAACCGGUGGGCACCGCCGGCAGCACGACGCCGGGAGCAGGCGAACCAGAGCAGGAAGAGUUCGUGGUGGAGACGCGGCGCACGUUCACCGCGCGCAACUAUGGCGAGGUGCCGAUCCUGAUAUCCGGCAUCCGGAUCGAGGACGCACCGUGCGAGGGCUUCGGCUUCAAGGUGCUGGACUGUGCGCCGUUCGAGCUGGCGCCGAACGCGAGCCGCAAGAUCGAGAUCGCGUUCGCGCCCGACUUUACGCUGUCGCGGGUCACGCGCGUCCUGCACUUCGACACGAACAUUAACCACUUCCCGGUGAACUUUACGCUGCUCGGCACGGUACCGAUGCAGCGGCUGGACGUGUGCAAUCGGUCGCUGCCGCGGCCCUGGUUCGAAUACUGGCUGCGCACGAUACUGAUCGUCGUGCUGCCGACGGCCCUGUUCGGCACGCUGGCGAGCGCCGUCCUCGAGGCGAACCGUUUGCUGCGGGCGCAUUUUUUGAGCCACGUGCGCGAGCGAGGCCCGCUGCAGCCGCCGCUUGACCUGCGACAGAUCGCGCUGCAGCACACAACCACCACAGGGGGGGAGGGUGCGAGUCGGGAAGCGAGCGGCAAGGACGUGAAGGCAAAUCAGAACGGUGGCAGUAGCGUGAUUAGCAGCACCUCGUCGAGCGUGAUAACGCGCAGGAAACCGGACCGCAAGAAUGGAACGCACGCAAAGGGACUACAGAACGGCAGUGCGGCAACGGCAGGAGAUGGUGGAGGAGGAGCAGGAGCUAGUACGGCCGCCAGUCGAUUCAAUCGUAGCUGGAGCGACUUCACGUCAAAGCUUGGUGCGUCGACCAAACCCGUCGUUGUCGCUGCAUCGAUUUCGACGGCCACGCAGGGAUCGUCCUCAGCAUCACCGGUGGAUGGUAGCAAAUCCGCCUCCUUGACGUCAUCGUCCGUAACGAAAAGCCGCCGCUCGAUAACACCCUCCAAGGAGCCAGCGGUCGUGCCCGCCACCACUGCCCCCAGUUCGCCUGACUCGCCCAACGGCAACGGAGACAGCAGAAGCUCGUCCGGUGCAACCAAAGACAGAACGAAAUCCCCGACUUCGUCGACAUCCGAAACGGAAUGUAGCAAAACGGCAAAGAAUGGAGCGUUCGGUGCGAAGGGCGGUACAGCAGCAGCAGCAGCACCGAACAGCUCCGCAACCAGUGACUUAACCGGCGUGUUUGAAUCAAAUUCAUCCGCCAACAACAACAACAGCAAGCAACAUCACCACUCGACCUCUUCGGCGUCGUCCACCAUCAGUUCGUCGUCCUCGUCGUCAUCAUCAUCGUCGUCCUCAUCGUACGCGGGUGAGGAGCAACAGCAUCAGGGCUUAUCGAUCGCUUCAAUCUCCCUGUCGUCAAACGCAUCGUCGCCGUCGUCAUCAUCGUCAUCCUCGUCCGCUGCCUCGACGACGUCCUCGUCGUCCUCGUCCCCAUCGCCGACGUCCAAGCAGCAGCAGCAUCAUCAUCACCAGAGUCAUCAUCAAGCGAAGCCGGCCCGAGAACGCGAGCCAGCGACAGCGGCCAAAACGAACGUAAAGAAAACGAAAAGCCUACCGGUCAGCUACGAAUCGGUGGUUGUGUCGCUGGCCUCCGUGUUUGCCGUCGCCAACACACUGUCGAGAGCAACUAAUGCUACUACUACCACUACUACUACUACUACAGUAACAACUGCAGCGCAUACUAGUCAGAAACCCUCGGCGGAAGUGAUCGCGUCAACUGCGGUGGUCGUUGGAGCUGGACCGCCAUCCGUGAAGGAGUCGGUAUCAUCCCCACAGCAGCAGCAGCAACAACAUUCAGCAAAGGACAUCCCAGGGAAGGCUCGAACAACAGCAUCGUCAUGCACUACGAAUGGUACUACGAGUGGCAAGCAGCUGGCCACCUCAAACGGUAGCGGAACCUCCACGAAAGCGAGCAAACAGCAAGAUGCGGGUGUGAAGACUGCCAGCGAAAAGAACAACUCGUUUGCUGGCGACAGUCUUGGCAAGGAAAACAGUUCCAGUGGUAGUAACAUCAUCGGCGCCGAAAAGCAGCCGCCCAUCGGAAACGGAAAUGCACAGCAGCAGGUGGAAUCGUCACUAAAUCCGCCCCAUCACCACCAACAACCGGCGCAACAACAGCAGCAGCAGCACCAACAGUCAUCUUCGUCGUCGUCGUCGUCGUCCUCCGCCAAAAAGUUCAGCAAAACACCGGGCCGCGAGCGAAAACCGAACCAAGGCAAGAAGGGUGGCAGCAAAGGGACGUCGGCGGCCUCCGGCACGCAGCAACAGUACAAGGGUACCGCCCUGCAGUUCAAUACACCCGCCUCGCAGCAGCACAAAUCGACCACGCUUGGCACGAUCCUGCAGAACGCAUCCGUGCCUGUUGCCUCGACUGCCACGGUGUGGGGUGAGAACUGUGCCAGCUUCAGCGAUGUCGUUGCGCAAACUUCGGCAACGAAACAGCUGGCCGGAGGAGGAGGAGGCACGCAAUCCACGAUCAGCUCGAUCAUGCCCGGCAUGGAGGCGUUCAUGUUGUUUGGUGGCAGCAACGCCCAACUGAAUAGCAAAUCCUCUGCCAGUCUUCAACGCUCUCCUGGCGGGAGCAGCAGCAACAGCACCGUUUUUGGACUCCCGACUACGACAAGCUCAACCGGUGGAGGAGGCAGCACUGCUGUCGCCGCUCCCUCGACACAACACUACCGAAAGCCACUGCAUUCGCUGCAGGAUGUGUCUAGCGCUAGCACAAAGUCAACGGUCGCGAAUCAUACCGAACAGCGGUCGAAGGAUGAUAGCUAUCUUGGCGGAACGCUCGAGAAGGAAUGCUCGGCCCCGUUCGUCGCGACCAGCGGCUCGCCCGAUCUCGGUCCGAUUGGCACGUCCAAGAAGUCGCCCUCCGGCUCGAACAGUGCCGACGGUGAUGGGGAAGAGGCGGACGGGCUGCUGAUGGCACAGAUGAUGGGUGGACGGGGCGGAUCGAAUUUGGCCAAGUGUUGGGAACCGUUCGGUGGGCACGUUAUACACAAUCCGGUACAGCUGUCAUCGGGCGGCAGUAGCAAUGACCCGUCGGCGGCGACUACGACCAUCGGCAAGAGCAUGAAUGGUGGUGGUGGAGCACAGCAUCAGCAUCAGUCGGACAGCUUCUUUUCGCAGUCGUUUGCCGACAUUCACCAGCGUCAGAGCGAUCCGUACCUUGGUAUUGGCUCUUCGCUGCUCUCGAAUGCUGGCCAUUCAUUUGGCGCCGAUCACAGCACCAUUGGGGGACUGUCCAAUGGUUCCAAUCAUCACCCGGGUGGCGUUAGCUCAGCUGAGAAUGAUUUUAUGGAAAUGCACUAUCGCUCUCGUCACCAACAGCAGCAGCAGCAGCAACAUUUGUCCCAGCAGCAACAGCACAACCAGCACGAUUGGAACAGCGCGAUGGAUGCGCAUCUGCAAUGGCCACUGUCUACGCACAAACAGAUGACUUCCCAGGGCGGCGGUAUGAGCCAAGCCUGGACCACGGCCGAACUGUGGAACAAUCUCAAUGCACAGCAUCAGUAUCAGCAGCACCAGCAACAACAACAGCACCAUCACCAGCAACAGCAGCAGCAGCAGCAGUUGGCAGCAUACGAAUCGGUACUGCACUUCCAGUCUCAGCUCGCGAUGGCCGCCGCGGAAGCUCGCCAGCUGCAGCAGCAAACCGUACCCGACGUUAUACUGGGCCACCGUGCAGCAUCGAACCUGUCCGAUGGGUGGCUCGGCUCGGGAAUGUCCUCGGGCCAGACCACCGUGGCGCCACCGCCCGGCUUUUCUAACCAUCUCCCAUCGGUGGUGGGUGGUAACGGUGGUGGUGGUUUGCCAUCCAAUCGCAUGGUUUACGAAGAGGAUCAGCAAACGUUCAACCUGCUGCUUCAACAGCAUCGGCUCCAGCAACAGCAGCAGCAGCAGCUGCAACAAUCGCAACAACAGCAACAACUUAUCCGUCAACUUUCAGCCGAUGAUGCAAUCGGUAAAGGUGGCUGUGCUUCUAGUGCAGCCAUCGCUUCCUCGACCGAUGCGACCUCCGGCCAGGCAACAGCAACAGCAACCGCAGCAUCAACGACUUCAACUGGGUCCGGUUCGUCGAACGCUACAUCGGGCUCGUCCUCUACGUCCUCCUCGGGCUACAAUCCGUUCCAGCUGGCAUCGAUCUGGACCACGGCCAGUAGUAAUGCCGAUCGUUGGGCAGCCGCACCAACCGGGCCUACCGAGGAAACAUAGACGGCAGAUUCAUUGCACGGAGAGUAGCCGCUCUUAAAUUGAAGGCUUUUAAAUGCUCUUUUAGUAGGGACAUUUUACGCUGUGUGUUAUUAUUUUUUCAUUUCUUUUUAAUUUUAACGCUUUAGAGAGAGAGAGAGAGAGAUGGGAGGAAGUAUGUGUGGCGCACUACUCAUUUUGAAAUUUGUCGAAAAGCAUUCGAAGAGCACACUUUUUGCUCGCCAUAAAAUGGCGUUUGCAGCCGAAUUCGAAUUGAUAGGCCAUCUUGAAUGCGCGAUCGUUUUGUUGCAUUCGAAUAAGCCUGUUGUUUUAACUUAAGUUUAUCCUCUUGUCUGAUUGCUCUACAAGAAGCGCACAAGCUGUUUUCAUCAAUUCACACCUUACCCUUACGCUGCCACAUUACACUUCAUUGUUUUUUUUUUUUUAAAUUUUCUAUCCUUCCUGCCACAUGGUUGUGUACUCGUAUCAGCGUAUUUCUAACACACACUCUUUUAGUUUGUUGUUUUAUCUAGCUUUUCUUACUUUAUUUCUUUUGCUUUCUCAAGGCUUUGAAACUUGAUAUUUACUUUUUUUCUCGCUCCGAGCUUAGUUCUGUUAAUUUCUUACUGCCUUUUGCAUAUUCGUGCGCUCAGACACACACGAGGGAUUUUGUUUUUGCUAUUGCGUUGCGUAAAAUAAGUUGAAUUAUAUUUGAAAUGAAAAAAGAAAUCGUAUGUGAAUUCUGCUUUUUAAAUCGAAAUCAGAGAUUCCAAUUGAACGAAUAAGAGCUUGAGACCCUACUGGAAAAUUCAAGAGAUCCACCGAAAUGCUGUGUUUCUAUGAAUGAGUUUCUUAUUGGAAAAAUGGAUGAAGCAGUAGAAAGGGUUACUCUUCGUUCAUUUCACUAUCUUGCGUUGUUUGCGGCUGAACAUUGGAAUAUUGUUGCAAACACAUUAGAAAGAGCACGCGAUAGCUGACAGCAGGUGUAAGACAAGAUGAAAAAUCAAUUACAUCUCAUCCCAACCUAAAAUAGAGCGAAUAUUUGCGAUAUCGAACCAGCCGCUUCAGCAGCAGCUGACUUAAGCAACUAAGCGGGAAACUAUUUUCUCUGCUACAUAAACCUGCUCUCGGAGGUUCUCCUACCGUUUAUCGGUCGGGUGCAGUGCAUAGAAGGAAGAGACGAGGCGACACGAACAAAGCAAAACAAAAAGCAACUAAUAUCUACGAAACAAAACUACAAUAUUACACAGAAACACACACAUAUAUACAUAUAUUUGCGGCUAGUUAAGAGGCGAUGUGGGAGCCUUAACGCGAGGAAGGGCCCGGAAGAAAAACCCACGAUGAUGAAUAACUAUUACGCAUGGAUGAUAAUGAUGAUGAUGAUGAUGAUGAUUGGACUAAACGAACAAACUCUCGAUAUAUGACGAUGAUGAUGAUGAUGAUAAUGAAGAUGAAACAUGAAAAAUGAAUGAUGAAAUAAAACCGUAUUCACAUGAUCGUGUGAAACGAUGAAAUAUUCUGCAAACAAAAU